UGCCGCUUCCACGCCGCCGAUGACGUCUUCCUCCACGCCUGCCUCGCCGAUGACGUCUUCCUCCACGCCUGCCUCGCCGAUGACGUCUUCCUCCACGCCGCCGCCGACGUCAUAUCCUCGUUUCCGGCGAGACGCACCAUGGCGCCAAUCACGUCCGCCUUCCCGACGGCCAAGAUGGUGGCCGUCCCUUGGUCGCCCGCCUCGCCGGCUUCAGCGGCGUUCUUCUCGCCGCCGCCAUCAGACUCGUCCUCGGUGGAUUCGGGGACACUGGGGCCGGCGACCCACCACCAGUUCUCCCCUCCACCCUCCCUUGUUUCGUGAGUAUGUUGGACAUCUGGAAUCUGUCCAUAGGGGGGGGAUACUGUUACGGCUCAGGCUCCUGCCAACGCCGCUCAUCCGUCUGUGCGCACCUCGGGACACGCCCACGGGUGCGCACAUCCAGGGACGCGCCGCGCGCGUCCCCGCCCUGCUGCAGCCACCAGCUGCAAUCACUCGCUGGCAAUCUGCACACCUGCGACUGAUCAGGGCGAGAUCAAUAAAGGACCAGUGGACCCAAGGAUCGUCGCGGGAACUUAGCUUUCUCAUGGUGUACCUACCCUCCGUCGCCUGCGUCUCAAUUUCCCCUGGAUCUCCCUCUGGACUCCGACUGCUUCCUUCGUUCCUCGACCUCUUGCUCGCCCCUGGAUUCUGACGCCUCGCUCUCGCCCCGGAUCAGCUGCCUGCCCCCUGGACUUCCGCGUAUCUCGUUCAACACGUUGGUAACACUCACUUCAGUUAAAUUCUACACAUAGUCUUACACCAUUCCCUUUUGUAUUCUAGUUCACACUCCAUUUCCUUAGUUUAGUAAUAUUGUUUAUUAUUAUUUAUAUAUAUAUAUAU